AUGUCCUAUACCAUCCUCGGGCGCGCCAUCAAAAACGAACACCUCGCUUUGACCGUGCUAGGCACGGUUUUUGGAGGAGCCUACCUCGCAACUCGCGGAUCCAGUUCGAAGAAGGCUGAACCACCAUCGACGAUUGAGAAGAUUAAGGAAGCAAUACCUAUUAAUGCUGGUUCCAGCGAGGAAGAACAAUUGAUUGCCAGUAUCAAAAGCUUUAUUGCGGAGGCGGAAAAGGCAGAUACAGCAGCAGGAGGGUCAAAGCACUGA